AGUAAGAUCAGCCAUUUAAAAAGUCUAUUUACCACAUUGUUGCGAAGUGUGAUUAUUUUUUGCCGCUUAAUAUUUAUUUAUAAUCUUUAAUAAUAUUUAAUUCUACUUGAAUUUGAAAAGAAUAUAAUGGAUUCGCACGAUAUAAUUCACGUGGAAAUAUGUCAGAAGGAUGACAGUAUGUUAUCUCGAAGUGAUAUAGAAGAAAUAGUAAGAGCGGAAUUAAGUUCCUUGGAUGAAAUAACUUUAAAUGUACCAAUGCCCGGGGAACAGUUUUCCAAGGACAUUGUCAAAAAUCAUGUUCAAUCUGUUAUUUGCUCUUGUAGCAAUCCUGAGAGGACACACAUGAAAAUUCAUAGCAGCCAUCUAAAAGUUUAUGUUUAUCGAUUAACUGAAGAAAGUGCAGCGACCGAGACAAUUCGCAGCGAAUCUGACGAGAUGGCUGCUGCUUCCCACUGGAUUCUUCCAUCCACAGAAUUUCACGGUCUUUGGGAAAAUCUUAUUUAUGAAUCCGAUAUUAAAGAGCACCUUUUACACUUUGUGGAGACGACAAUGUUGUUUUCAGAUCGAAAAGUUGAUCCAAAUAUAAUAAGUUGGAAUAAAGUGAUUCUCCUUCAUGGACCUCCUGGCACAGGAAAGACAAGUUUGUGUAAAGCCCUUGCACAAAAGGCAGCGAUUCGUUUGGGAAAUCAUUACACUCAUGGCGAACUCAUUGAAAUAAACAGUCACAGUUUGUUCUCCAAAUGGUUUUCAGAGAGUGGAAAGCUUGUAAUGAAACUAUUCGACGAGGUGAAAAAUCUUUUGGAAGAUCCAAAAGCCCUUGUUUGCGUUUUAAUCGACGAAGUUGAAUCUCUUGCUCACAUGAGAAAAUCUUGUACAAAUGGUACCGAACCCAGUGACGCUAUUCGAGUUGUAAAUGCAUUAUUGACACAGCUGGAUCAAAUAAAAAAAUACUCAAAUGUUAUAAUCCUCACGACAAGCAAUGUGACCGAGGCAAUUGAUUUGGCAUUUAUUGAUCGUGCGGAUCUUAAACAAUUGAUUGGACUUCCAAGCGAGCAGGCGAUUUAUAAAAUUUAUCACUCUUGCAUUAAGGAAUUAAUGAGGACUGGUUUUCUAGAGACAGAAGCUUUAUGCGACAUUGCACAUUUGAAAAAAUUGGGUUACGAAGAAAACAGUGAGACGAAACACAGUUUAAAAUUACUGGAAUUAAGUAAAGAAAGCGUGGGAAUGAGUGGACGAGUUUUAAGAAAAAUUCCUUUCCUAGCGCACGCACUCUAUACACAUUCAGCAAAAUGUCCAGUUCCUCGUUUCUUUAGAGCAAUGCAUCUCGCUGUCGAAAAGCAAAAAGAAGAGGAAAUUGCUUAAAGAGAGAUUUAAAUAAUCCCUUAUUUAUUUUUUUUGUUCUUUAUUUAAAGCUUUAAAUUUUUAUGCUUUUGAUAUAACACGUCGUAAAAUUUUUUUAUUUGAGUCACUUCUCAAAAUUGCGUUCUUAUUUUACUUAUUAUUUAAAUAAGAAGUUGCCUUAAUGCUAAAAACAAAGAAAUAUUCAGUAUUUUUCUAAACUACAGUAUUUUCCUGUAAAAAGCACAAAUUUUAAAAAUUAACAUUUUAAGAAAAUUGACACUUAACUGUAGUGCCUUGAAUAAGUGCUUCGAGUCGUUUUUAUACUGAAAUUUUUAUUAACUUUAAUUAGUGGUUGUAACUAUCGUAAUGUAUUUAUAAAGUUUUUAUUUAUUUUUCAAAAGAAGAAAAGAGAGAGUGUAAACUGCACAAUUUAAGAAUAUAUAUUAAAAUUAAAACUGAAA